UCCCGCUCCUGCCUCCCAGGCAAUGCUCCUGGGGAGGCCUUGGGGAAGAUGCCACCCUGGGCGCUGUGCUCUCUUCCUCGGCGUGGCCCUCGUGCUUGACGCUGUGGGCCUGGUCCUUUUGCUACUGGGCAUCUUCGCCUCCCUCGACUUCUGGGACUUCUUGGUCUACACGGGGUCCCUGAUCCUGGCUUUCAGCCUGCUCUUCUGGAUCAUCUGGUACUCCCUCAACAUCGAGGUGCCUCUGGAGAAACUGGAUCUGUAGUUUGGAGGCGGGCAGAGGAGGACUCGGGCUUCCCGGCAGGCGGAGGGGCAGGGGCCUGCUGCGGCUCCCGCCCCAGAUGCCCCGCCAGGGACCAGCCCACGUCCCAUCUGGUGGAGAAGCAGCAAAGCAAGCUGAUGCCCUGUUUCUGCAACACAUCCUGUAACAGAACCCGGCAGGAACCAGAGGCCGUGAGGUAGAAGCUUUCAAGGCACCUGCUGGGAUGCCCAGGAAUGGCCACGCGUGCCCGGCUUCCGGCGGGUUCCAGGCUCCAUCAAGAGACCAGCACCCCUGCCCCGGGCCACUGACACCACUGCCGGCACCCCAGCCGUUUGUGAGGGUCUGGGGAGCCCCUAAUGUUCGCACAGUGGGGCUUUUAUGGCAAUAACCCUGCUGCUGUGGGCUUGCGCACCCAACGAGAAGUUCGUCCGAAGUCCGAACGGGACCGCCUGCGAGCAAAUAUCGCGCGACGUUGCUGCUGCUUCCACUCUCCGGCUCUUCGGACGGACUGCGCGGGCCCCUGGGGGACCCGGCUCGUCCGUCUCUUGGUGUCGUCCAGUCGUCACGGUAGUGUUCACGGUAGUGUAUUUCAACAUGCUGGCUGCCCAGGCAAAUGCAGAGCCAGUGCUGAGUGCAGGAGGUCCCCUUCCUCGGCGCUGGACACCCGGAACCGCCAGUGCCGCCCCCGACUUGCACGACCGGGCCACACAGGGGGGUGUUCACAUGGAGCUUUUAGUCAAAUGAAACCCUCCGGGCAUUUUUCUGACAAGUUUCUGACAAAGCAUUUUCUGGACUCUGCUGUGCUGUCCUUGCGUCAUUCAUUUCUUGAUCCUAAGAGCAGGCCUCUAUUUUUAUCUUAAUUCAGUUGCAUCGAGUCCAGUGCAGCCCAGCUAGAGCACCUAGCAACCUUCACAGGCCCAUCAGACGUGCUCAUGACUGUCACCUGCGCUCGAGCUGCCCCACUAAUUUAUAUGUCCCCCAGCUUAAUUUUGUACUCUUUAUUUAUAUCUCACCCUAAACGUGUAUGUCUUUUUUCCAGAAGCUGCCUCAGAUCUUUUGUGGUGUGAGGCAGUUACCUCAAUAAAGAAGCUGAUUGGCCUUUAUAACACAACAUAACCUAUUUCUGGGUCUGCGCGGUUUCAUAACUACUCCCAGACUCCCGGCUUUAGGGCAUCUUCUUCCCAUUCGUUUAACCUGCCUCUGUGCAAAUCCCGGAAUUCUACAUUCAGUACAGCACCUCUUGGGAAGAAACGCACAGAGCUCAGUGGAUGGAGACAGUACAAAGG